CUGCACUACGGGACCCUCCUGGGCAGCAGAGCUUGUGUCCACAUGGCAGCAGCUGCCUGGGCCACUGGGUUUCUCAAUGCUCUGCUGCACACGGCCAAUACAUUUUCACUGCCCCUGUGCAAGGGCAAUGCCCUGGGCCAGUUCUUCUGUGAAAUCCCCCAGAUCCUCAAGCUCUCCUGCUCACACUCCUACCUCAGGGAACUUGGGCUUCUUGUGGUCAGUGCCUGUUUAGCUUUUAUGUGUUUUGUGUUCAUUGUGGUGUCCUAUGUGCAGAUCUUGAGGGCCGUGCUGAGGAUCCCCUCUGAGCAGGGACGGCACAAAGCCUUUUCCACCUGCCUCCCUCACCUGGCCGUGGUCUCCCUGUUCCUCAGCACUGCCAUGUUUGCCUACCUGAAGCCCCCCUCCAUCUCCUCCCCAUCCCUGGACCUGGUGGUGUCAGUUCUGUACUUGGUGGUGCCUCCAGCAGUGAACCCCCUCAUCUACAGCAUGAGGAACCAGGAGCUCAAGGAUGCCCUGAAUAAACUAAUGGCGGGGUGCUUUUCACAAAUAAUAAAGUAUCCGUCAUCUGCUCUUUAA